UCUCCAGGCCGGGCUCCGCCCCCUCCCCCCGCUCGUAUUCCCGGGUCCGCCUGAGGAAUGUAAACUAUUCAACAUGGAGACGGCAGUCAAUAAGCUGGAAGCCUUGUUUCAAAAAGCUGAAUCUGACUUGGAUUACAUUGAGCAAAAGCUGGAAUUUGAAAUUAGGCAGAGUCUUCCUGAAGAUUCGUCAACACAGGAAAAUCCAACCAAAUUGUUAGAACAGUUGGAAAUGGUAAAAACACGGUUUAAAACUUUAUCCUCUCAGCUGGAUAAGAUUGCUGCAGACCAGCAAAAGUCUGUGGACAGUAUACAGACUACACUCACAAGCACAUUGAAAAUAGUGCAGCAUUUACAACAGCAAACAGAUCUUCAGGAUUCUCCCCUCUCUGAAGUAGAACUUCAAGCACUCCAUACAUUUGAAAACCUACAAUUAAAAGGGGUGCAAUUAAAAUGAUGCGCUCCUGAGACCAACAUGUAAUUGUAUAUCAUUUUGGACCAAAUCUGAAGUUGUAAUAUCGGCGAGAGUUGUUGGGGCGACUGCUGGAACAAUUUUAAGAAUCUGUAAGAGAUGGAAUGGUCUAUCCUUGGAGAUGCACUGCAUUUUAUUCUUACAAAACACCAGCAACAUGUGUCCUUGGUUAUAAAAUGUAAAUACCUGUAUAUGAACAACUUUGUGGUGUUGAUCGGUGGGCAUACUUGCAAAUUGUGUUGGAGGAGAUGUGUGCUUCUAAAUUAAACAUGACUUUUCUAGUGCACUUUGUCCAGUUUAACCUUAUCCAAAAACAGAAAAUGUACUGUGGAUAAUUUGAACCUGUAUUUAUGUAAAACCUUUUUGUGGGGUGUAUAUACAUUGUUUCAAUCUUGCUUUCAUUUUGCAAAAAGUCUAAAUAUGACUGUUCAGUAUCUUAUGUAAAGUUAAUGGCCCUGCACUGCAGGGAAUGUAGUUUUAUCUAAAAAUUCAAUAUAAUUUUCUGCUUGUUGUAUUACACUAUAUGCAGUAGAGGAAAACACAAUAUUAAGGAAGCAAAGCAGUCACAAUACUGGCAGAAAUACUGAAACUGAAUUUUAAAAAAUAGUUUUUGUAUGAAAGCAACAUAACCCCACUUUCUCAACCUCUAUUGACUGCUGCAGUCCUAUUGCUAAACUUAGUUGACCCUGGGACUUUCCCUUCCCAUCCAAAUAAAUAUUACAUUACACGUAAGACAAACUUCUUCAAGAGAGAUCCUUGCAUCCAUCAUAACAAAUCUGAAACGAAGUUCCUAUGCCAAUGGAGCGUUUUUGCCAUGUAGAAUUAGUACCAGCUGGUGUGAUUUCUCUCACACUCCUCCCUCUGGUGCACUAAAAGUACUGAAGAAGGGUUAUUUGUUUUUUUUGUUUGGGUAUAAACCACCUUUUCUAAUAAAUAAAUAUAAUGUAUUUAUA